AUGUUAGAACGAUUUAUAGAAUUAUCCGAAGGUAUCACUUUGACAUUAUUAAAAUUUCCAAAAGCACCUUCCAUGUUAACAGCUACAGAAUUGGAGCUUGCCAAAGACAUAAUUCGAGUAAUGAGUCCUCUUGAAGCUAUUACAAAAGAGAUUUGUGGCGAACAUUGUGUCACAGGAAGCAAAGUAAUACCAUUAAUAAAUUGCUUAAAAAAGAAAAUUGAAAGAUUAAGUAUUGAAUUCACUUCUACCGUAGCUUUGAAGCUACUUGAAUCACUCUCUACUAUCAUUGAUAUUCGAUUUGGAACAGUGGAAGAAAUUACUAUUUUAGCUAUAUCUACCAUUCUGGACCCUCGUUUUAAAAAAUUGCAUUUUAAUGAUAAUUAUGCCUGUUCACAGGCAAUUAAUAAGAUAGCCCAGCAGAUGGAAUCUUUAAAUAACAAUACAUCCAAAGAAGUAAGUGUGCCAACAGUGACUCAAGAAAAUGCUAGUUUUUCGAAUGACUUAUGGUCAGUUCAUAAUUAUCUCGUUAAUAAAAGUCGACUUGAUGAACUUCAUCGUGAUUUUAACGAAAUUCCGACUGACUUAAAGCAUUAUCUUAAUCAACCAACAAUUCCAUUAAGUGAAGAUCCAAUAGAUUACUGGUGCAAUAAAUCAAUAUAUCCGUCUUUGACAUUAAUUGCGAAAAAAUAUUUAUUAAUUGUAGCUACUUCUGUGCCAUCGGAAAGAAUAUUUUUAAAAGCAGGAAAUAUUGUAACUGAAAAUCGUAACAGACUAUCACCGAAACAUUUGCAAGAAAUAUUGUUCUUAAAUUCUCUCUCAUUCGAUGAAUGGAAAAUAAAUCAGUAA